AUGGAGGGUUCAGAUGCCAGUCUAGCAUCUGUGCUGGAGUCCCUGGAGUUCUGUUUGAAACUCCGUGGCUCUGAAGCAAGUGUGUUGGAAGAUUUAUUAAAGGCUAUUAAUCUUGUUUAUAUUAGACGAGAUCUUGUUCAAAGUGGUAAUGCCUUGUUGAAUCAUGCUGGCUUUGUUCAACAAGAAUAUGAAAGGACAACAAGUUUUUCUUUGAGUUUGGCUGCAGAACAGGAGAAAACUAUCAUGGAAAAAUGGUUGCCCGAGCUUAAGACUGCUAUUUUGAGUGCUCAACAGAGCUUGGAAGAUUGCAAAUAUGUCAGGGGAUUGCUUGAUGAGUGGUGGGAGCAACCAGCAUCAACAGUUGUUGACUGGGUAACAGUGGAUGGGCAAAAUGUAACUGCUUGGCAUAAUCAUGUGAAGCAGCUUCUUGCAUUUUAUGACAAGGAACUUUUCCUUGAGGUGCAGUGUGCCUUCUCUGAUAAUUAUAUUCUGGGAUGGAAAUAUGGCAGUGUUGUCUAUAUUGACAGACGAAGACCCCAAGAAAUAGGAUUGAAGACAUUUGGGCUUCAUUUACUUAAGUCUGGUUUGGUGUGGUGUAUACAAUUAGAACCGUUGAGGAAAGAAGCUCAAGUUGCCGAGGGGAUGCUAGUGUAG